AUCAAACAUUCAAUGCGCAAACCUUGGCAUCGGUGGCGUUCGUAUAUUUAUUGAGACCACGAAACAUCCCCUCCUCAUUGGAAAUAAGCUGUGCUUUGAGGGCCUCCCUUAAACAGCGGACAAGCUCGUUGUCUGACGGCUAGAUUUUCUAUUCCACCUGACCCCGCACUGGGCUAACUUUGUGAGUGGGAUAGUCUGUCUUCGGAACAUAAUGAGCUUUGGUUUCAGCGUUGGAGACAUUUUGGCAACCUUGAGGCUUGCCGAUGAUCUCAAAAAGCGCUUUUCCCAGGCCCCGAAGGAGUUCAGGACAAUUUCAGAUGAAGUCAAACGAGUAUGGGCCGUUCUGCAUGAUCUGGAUGAUAUUCCCAUCGAUGGUUUGAAUCAACAGCAAGGGCGAGAUGUUCAAGAUAUCUCGCAAGGGUGCCGAGAAGUCCUGGAGGAAUUGAAAGUGAAGCUGGACCGAUCACAGGUUCUAGCUUACACAAACUCUGAUUGGAGGUCAAAGGCUCGUCAAGCUUGGUGCAGAGUCACCUGGGACCAGAUCGAGAUUGAUAGGCUUCGUGACAGAAUCACAACCACGGUAACAGUAUUCAACUUGCUCAUGGGCAAAAUAAACCGAACCCUAACAUUGGAGAUUCAAAACAAUCUGGAUGUCUUUUACGAGGAACAGCGUGACACCUCUUCACGGUAUGCUCUUUCAAGGAUUAGCUCAAUCGACGGUUGGACGCGCCACGCCGAGAACUUGAGUGCUCAACAACCGGGGUCGGGAGCUUGGUUUAUCAACAAGCAGGAGUUUCGAGCAUGGUGCCAUAAUGAGAAGCAGCUCUUAUACUGUCCCGGUAUGCCUGGAGCAGGAAAAACAGUGUUGUGCUCUGUUGCUAUUGAAUGUUUAGAACAGUCAUUUGCAAGCCAGGAUGACAUUGCCAUCACAUAUAUAUUUUUCGACUUUCGACAGCAGUUGAGUCUGUUUGAGAUCUUAGCUGCACUUCUCAGACAGCUUUUGCAGGGCAAGCCAAACAGAUCGGUAACGCGGCACCUGAGAGAAACUACCAAGGAAUUGAUGAAGUUGGAAUGGGUACAAUGUGAACUGAGGACACUGGUUUUGGGCUUGGGGAAAACCUACAUCGUUCUCGAUGCCUUGGAUGAAUGUGCCGCUACUGGUAGUACCUUGCGACAAUUAAUCGAGUUUCUUCUCACUUUGCGUCGGACGGCGAAUAUCAAUAUUCUUGCUACCUCGCGAUACAAUGAAGAAAUUGCAAAUUUGUUCACACAGGACGGGGUGAUCUUGGAGAUCCAAGCCAACGACGAUGAUAUCCGCGCUUUCAUCGACCAUCGAGCGGCAUACUUUCCACAAUUUGUGGCUAAAAAGCCCGGUUUGCUCGCAUAUAUUCGGGACGAGAUUGUUAAAGCGUCACAAGGAAUGUUUUUACUUGCCAAAAUUUAUACCAGCCUGGUACAGGACGAGAUCAACGAGAAGCAAAUUCGAAAGGUGAUCGAACGACUGCAAAGCAACCCCGGAGUCUAUGACAACGCGUAUGAUGAAUCGAUGAUGAGAAUUGAACGCCAAGGACAGUUUGCUCAAGACAUCGCCAAAACUAUCUUCGGGUGGAUAUUGUAUUCCAAGCGCCCCCUUUCACUUCCGGAGAUCCAGCACGCUCUUGCUGUUGAGAUAGGCGAGUCUGAAUUUGACGACACCAAUAUCAUCGACAUCGAGCAGCUGGUGUCUGUUGGCAUCGGCUUGGUUAUGGUCGAUAGAGAGUCGAACUCUCUCAAGUUCGUUCACUACACCACUAAGGAAUACUUGGAACGGAAAUUGCACCAGUGGUUUCCAGAUAUCCAUCGUAUUAUUGGCCUCACUUGCCUGACGUAUGUGUCUCUCAAUGUUUUCGACCACGGGCCCUGCGACAAUGAAGAAGCCCUCGAUGGUCGACUCACCUGCUAUCCAUUCUACAAGUACUCGGCUCAAAAUUGGGGUCAUCACUUUCUGGGACAAGACGGAGCUGAAUCCAUGGCGAUGGAAUUUCUAGCAUCUGAGGGCAAAGUCCAUGGAAGCUCCCAAGUCAUAUUCGGGUUCUCCGAUGACACAGGGUCUAAGGGCCAAGUAUCCUUUGUCAGUGAUUGGAAAAGACGUCCUAUUGUCAUCAAAGAACCAUUGACUGCAGCCCACCUCGCGGCAUUCUUUGGACUAACGAGACUUUUGGCGGGCAUGUUGACUUCAAACAUGAUCGAGGUUGACAUCCAUGAUCAUGUGGGGCGCACACCCUUGUCAUGGGCUACUGCUUACGGACACGAGGAGCUUGUCAAUAUGCUUCUUGAACAAGGUGCCAACCGUAAUAGCAUGAAUCGCUUCGGGUUUACACCUUUGUUCUAUGCAGCCGUCGGGGGCAGAGUGGGGAUUUUGAAAAGUCUGAUCAUGGCAGGAGCGGAUGUCAAUAUUGCAGAUAAGAAUGGUAGGACGCCACUAUUCCACGCCGCUGCUGGUGAUUCAUCACACAUGAUGUCCCUUGCUUUCGAGGGCGACUGUUUGGCCUCUGUCAGACUCUUGCUCGAAUACGGAGCCUCCGCGACGCAGAUCGACAAUUUUGGCCAGACCCCACUUUUCGCAGCUGCCAGCAAUGGACGAGACUCAGUGGCCAAACUUCUCAUUGAACAUAACGCGCAUCUAGACUAUGCUACGGCGCCCGACUCAGUCCAAUUUGACCCAUUGGCUUAUGCUGCCAUGAACGGCCAUGCAUCGACGGCGAAGUUGCUGUCUGAGACUGGGGCCUACAUAGUGGCGACCCAGAGUGGGAAGGAUGCAGCAUCCUACGUGACCCUAGCCAAUCUAUUGAAAGCCGGAUCAGACGGUCAUGGUGAUGUUUUCAAAGACCUGCAAGACAGCGGCGCCGAUCCCAACAUACGUGAUUCACACGAUCGUCUACCUCUACACUGGGCCGCAUUCAGAGGAAACGAUAAUCUGCUCAAAUGCCUUCUGGCGAACGGCGCCGAUAUCAAUGCUCAAGAUGUCUUUGGCCGAACGCCCCUAUUCUAUGCAGUCUUUGGGGCCCGGCAUUCUACAGCUUUGUUGUUACUCGACGAUCCGAGUAUUGAUUUUCAACAUACCGACGUAUUCGGCGAUACCCCCCAGAUCCAUUCUCGCAAGAGACAAUCUAAGGAAGAACACCAGUGGAAGAUUUACAAUCUCUUGAAGAUCAAAAACGGGGACUACGAAGGCCUCCUCCACAACACUAGCUAUGCUCCCCCUCCGCAGGCCCACCUGUAUGCAGCCUGUGAUGCGUGUCUUUACAUUGACAUGUGUAUUUUUGCUUGCACAAAGUGUACUGCUCCAGUGCCACUCAGGAAUGACCCCAGGAAAGACCGAAGUCUUGAUCCACAAUAUGCUGAAAGUCUCGCGAACCGUUUGCUAGAGGGGAUGGGGUCUCGCUGGGCUAUGGUGAGAUACUGCUCAAUUUGUGUUUCGGAGGACAAGCCAUGCCGGUGUCCGCUAUGUGGUCAAACGCUCCAUAAUUUGCUCAUCUAGAAGACUUUCUCCGUGACAUCUAUAGGUGGUAGGUAGUUACAUUCCCGGGAAUGUAUUCCACCAACUUUACCUAUCCACAGACACCGGAUAUAUACACCUGUAGGGCUUGGAGGCCAGGUUUCCCGUAGAGCUGGCGACCCAAAACGAACAAAGGUCCACUAUUUGGUCUUUUGAAGUCCAUUCAUGUAUCAAAGAUUUACUCCAAACCGCGGGUUACAGCAUUCUUGUUCUCGACAGGACAAACACUUCAGCAACCACAAACAAAU